CAACGCUCCAAACGAAACGCGAGUGAUCGUCCUCUUUUGCUUUUUAAUUCUUUCGCUGCCGAAAGUUUUUUUGUCAUUCAGCCGCAGUGAGCCGCUUCAUUUUGCCGCUUGCUUCUCCGGCCCCGCUUUCCAGCUCUCUUGUCAUUUUGGGCAGGGUAGACGCGUUUUAGCGUGAUAAUAAGUGUAAAAGAAAUGUCGGACGACAAGAAGGACGUUAAACCAGACAACGAACAUAUCAAUUUGAAGGUUGUUGGACAAGACGGCAGCGUCGUCCACUUCAAAAUCAAAAAGCACACGCCACUGCGGAAGCUCAUGACGACUUACUGCGAUCGUGCGGGCCUGAGCAUCCAGAACGUUAGGUUCCGAUUUGACGGCCAGCAGAUCAAUGAGACAGACACGCCAGCAGGCCUCGACAUGGAGGACGACGACACCAUAGAUGUGUUUCAGCAGCAGACGGGUGGCCACCGUUGCACCACACAAAGAGGGAACACACUGUGACAGUUGCCAGCCUGGGCUACUACUGCAUCGGGCGAAGUGCGGCGCGUCUUUGAUUUUUUUGUACAUAAUGAUUGAGUAAACAAACAUGUUUAACAACAAACGAAACUAAAGCACUUCAUGCAGCCUGCCUCUGAAAUCUGCUGAGGAAGCUGACAUAGGUCUUAUUUUUUAUCCUCUUUAUGUACAGUGUUACAGUUCGUCAAAUGGCCUUUUUUUUUUUUUUUCGUAUGUGUAUGUCUUAUCAUUUCCGUUACUUAUACAGUAUGCCCUGCCUGCUUGUUCCCCACCUCAUCUUCACUUUUUUUUCUUUAAAUGCCUGCUGAAGACAAAUUAUCCCAGUCGUCUCUGCAUUGUUUGAAAGUACGAAUCGUAAAUCUUUCAUUGUGCUUGCGUCUAUGUCAUCAAUAAAAGUGUUCUCGCCACACU